AUGGCCUCGAUAACCAUUGUAGUCUACACCAUAAUUUGUCGUAAAUUGUGGCUCCGAAAGAUCCCGGGAAAUGUGACGACUGCCAAUCUUGCCGCGGCUCAAAAAUCCAAACGCAAAGUUGUGCGGUUAUUAGUUGUAAUCGUCUUGGUCUUUGCAAUCUGCUGGUUCCCAAGUUAUGUCGAUCAUUACAUUUGGUUCGUGCGACCUGAACUUAGUAAUUCGUUGCCUGGUGAAGUACAGCUAUGCUUCUUGUGGCUAGGGCACGCAAACAGCGCAAUAAAUCCAUGUCUAUACAUCCUGUUAAAUAGCAAGUUUCGUGAAGAACUCGUCACUAUAAUAACUUGUUGUCCUCGUUAAUAGUUUCUGUAGGUUUUACCUAUUAUUACCGUGACAUAAACAACUCACAUGGUGGAACCAUGUGGGAUGCGAUUUCGUUUGGCACGCGUGACGGCAACAUUUCAUCAGAGAACUCAUUACAUAUUCCGAUCGAUUGUUGCAGCUGCUUUAAUGGUUAGUUAAGAUCGCGGAAAGAGUGAAGUGAACAAACCAGUCUGGCGAAGGGAGUUGGGAAGAAAUAUAAGACGCCGUAUUUUGCUUGCCCUACCCCUUUUUCCUCCAGUAGUGUGCUAUAUUCUCACUUCUGUCUCCCUGGUGUAUUAUACUAUUGCAAAGGUUACUUACACUUAAAGUGCUCACACGUAUUCAAACUGAUAGUGUUCCUUCCUUGACGGCUCACGGAACAUUAGUGAAAGCGGAAACGAGCGAGCGAGCAGUCUCGCUUUUCAUCAAUACAAUCUAUUGAAAUGAUCACCUACUCAUAAUGUCUUUAAUUGUGAAAUGAUGUCGCCAGUUUUUUCUUUUUAAGUCAGUUAAUGUCUGGCUUGAUUCAUUCUUUAACCAUUUCAUGAACUUUGACAAUUGAUGAAAGGGUAACGAAAUGUAAAGUUAAUUUAAAUAAAAACUCCCUUUAAAUAACAUUCAAUCUGCAUAUGUAAUUAUACUACUUCGAUUUUCUGAUACAUACAAGACCGCGGCCAUUCAUGAAGCGUUCUUCAAUUAUUUAGUUUCGAAAGUAAUCCUGGAUUUGUUUGGAUUUACUUUACUUCGAUUUUGUGAUUGGUCCACAAAACUCGCGUCACUUUCUCAACCAAUUGAUGCAAAGCUACAACCAAUUGCGAUCUUGGAACUCGUGUCUUCCUGUGCUUCAAGCAGUUUGGCUGUUUUUACUUCAAGCUCCCAUUGUCUAAUGCUGAUGAUGUUAACUUUUGUCAUAAUUUACCGUUGAUCACUUUGACUUUGGUUGUUCUGUCGAAGAAUGCUCUAAAUAGAUCCUUAGCCCUUUCACUCCCAAGAUCUCAUAAGCAAUUCUCCUUACUGUCUCCCAUACAAUUCUUGUGAUGUUAGUUGCGAGAAUUUGGGUUUGGAUCAACUGAUAAUCCCCUAAUUAAUAUUUUUCCUUAUUCUUCUCUUGUCUUCUUGAUAAUGCAUUGAUAUUGUAAGGAGAAAUUCUGUCUUGGUCAGUAAUGGGAGUUAAAGGAUUAAGGCAUUUAUAUUAGAGAGGGAGGGAGGCGUGAUUAGUGCCAAAACUAAUAUGUGAUGCUUGAAUCUACAGAAAGGCGAGCGUGAUUCGUGAAUUUAUGAACCAAUGUAAGGCGUGAUUUGACCUCCUGAAAUUUACGUAACCCGUGACUCUUGAAUUCAUUUCGUGAAAACCUCAAGAUUUUCCAGAAACCCUCUGAACAAGAAGAGAGAGUUGAAUUUUCCCUUCUAUAUGCGUAACGCGUAAAUUUUUCUUGCAUUCGUGCAUGGAACGUGAUCAGGAACCCCCUCCCCCUCCCCUCUUCUCCCUCUUUUACUAUCCUUUUAAUACUUGCCCCAGGUCACCUGUAAAUUUUAAUCACUCGCCCACUUCAUCUGUUCCCACUGAACUUUGAGGAGAUGAUUGCUACCUAGACUACAAAUACAAGAGGGUGAUAAUCUUUCAAGCUUUCGGUCUGGUUGAAGUAUUCCCAAACUUUAGGUAGGACCUAGUGUACAAUUUUUUGGGAUCAAUUAAUUUGGUUUUAAACAUCAUCCUAAAUUAAGAUCCAAACUUAAAUUUACAAAAUAUUCAUGAAUUUUGGUUCUUACUAUCAGCCCACGGGAAGAAAUGUCCAGAAUUAGAAGAUCAUUCAUAAAGAGCAUCUUAUCAUACCACUGAGUUCAUUUCAUAUCGAUGAUAGUAUCAUUUAUCCCCGACGGAAUCUAUAAAUAAAUCAUGGAACUACCAUUGUUCUGUAUACGCAACUAGUUCAAAAUUCAUCAGUAGUGUGCGCAAAUGGCUUGUAAGGAUGCAAUAUAAUCUGUGGAACAUCACAUGGAGUAAAUCUGUCCAUAUUUUAUGGAUGAUCCAAUGAAAUAGGUCAUUUCUUGAUUUUUGUUGAGACAGCUGUGUCGCUCACUAUAUUCGCAUAGUCGUCACAUGCUGCGAACGUCCUUGAGAGUUGACGAUCUUGCCUCGUCCUAAAAUUGCCCCAUUCAAAAUUCUUAACAAGAUUUUUGGUCAAAGGUAAGUGUAGUUUUCGAUUCUCAUUAAAAAUAUAGGGAUACUCUCUCGUAACUUCAGGGCCUUUCGAACAAAAUCAUAACAGCGUCAAGCUUCCUUUGUUUCACAAUUACCAGUGGGUGUUGAGGCAAAGAAAGGCAAAAUCGAGUUGUUUUGUCCCUUGAUCCUUCAAAUACUGAGCUGAUCAUGAUAAUAAUGGUGUGGGAAAAAUAAUUCGAAAUACCGACUUGAGAUGAUUUAUUUCCUAAUUUUCCUUUUUUUUUUCUUUUUUUUUUCCGCAAAAUCAACAAAUACCCAAGAAAGAGAUUUUUGAUGGCGUCUCAACUUGACAUCCAUUAGCUGAUCAAACUCAAAGUACGAUGAUUUUAUGACAACAGAUUUCGUGGCAAAAAAUUUCACUUCUCUCAUAUAAAUUGUCGAGCAGCUGUUUUAAAACGACAAACAGCUAAAAAUUGAGCGACCACGGCGAUUAUAGGAACACUAACCACAAGUCAAAUUAACAUAAUCAAAAGCCUAAAAGGAUCGUAGAUCCUAGGCCCCUGCCUGUGUCCUCUACCUGCACAGCAGAAGGUCAGCAGGGGGUUAUUUUUCCUGCUCAUAGCUCGCCAGCGGGAAAUUUGGUAUUCUUAAACAACCUGAUAUCGCUUCUUCCUUCAACCGAAAGAUAUAAACAAAGUAUCAAUCAAGCAAGGCAACUGAUGUACCUUUUUUUCUCCUGUGGUGGCUGUUAUUCAGGAGAUCUUGUGUUUGUUUGGAAAAAGCUCGCUAACAGGAACUUGUCCCGCAUUACCAAGCUAGCAUCAAUCUUUGACCGUUGUGAACAACAAAUCAGUCGAAGUACGUAGUAGCUUGUUUCUCGAUCGCAAAUACUUUUACUAUGGGGCUUGACUCAAAAAAUCCAGAAAGACAAGAGGACAAGUACAUUUGAAUGACUCCUCUCUUCAUUUAAAUAUAGGAUCAUUAAACUGGUUUAAAAGAAAUGUAAGAUUUGAAGCUUUGUUGACUGAAGUGGCGUUCAAAGAAAACAAUACUUCACGUGCAUUCAAUUUGAGUUAGUUUGGGGAUAAUCUUUCAGACUAAACAAGGUGGGAGAUCAAAUCCGUUCAUCAUAAGCCGUCAUUAAGAUUGGAUUGCUGUUUGUCAGCACAGUAACGGUAAUUAAUGACUGAACGCUAUGAAAAUGAAAUCAUUUUCUUGGCAAACGAAGCAUUAUCCAAGUUCCUAUCUACUAUGUACAGAGGAAUAAACUGAUCCAUUUCUUUAGAAAAAAAAAUCUCGCGGACUAAUAGCAGCUCAGAAAAAUGGUUUCUCUGUUGAGCAGAUUUAAUCAAAUGAAGUUUUCAUUCAACUGGAACUGCUUACGUAAAAAGACGCCAUCAAGUUUGCAUAAAUCAUUCUUUAAUAACAAAGUGACCCAUACUGUCACGUCUAUCAAUAAGACCAUGAGUUCGCUUGUGUAAAUUGUCGAAAAUAACCUUUUUAUCCUCCUAAUCUGAAUUAUGCAGGACUACGCCAACCCAGAGAUGCCAAGCUAUUUCGGUAUGGCGAAUGACACACAUCCAACGAAUGCAAAUGGUAACGCUCUGAUUUAAAAAAAAAUUAUAUCAUAGUUUUAUGUCCGUCGAUCUUACGUCAAGAUAUUUGUACUAUUAUUUGCAUGCUCGAUUUGCAUUUUUCAUUUAUCCGUUGAUAUAAUUGUAUACAUCUAGUCGAAAAUAGAGCUAAAUAACAGUUCAUAAGUUUGAUAGAUUUAGCCUGAAUUUAAAACUUUCUGUAAACCCUCUACAUCCUUAGCCAUCUCGUAGUUAUCAGUUCUUCAUAUGUAGUGUUUAUUUUCAAUCUAAAACCUAUCUUUUCGAAGCUGAGAAUGUUGAUCAUGACGUAUAUUCUUUUACAUCUGUUACCUUAAUCGUAAUUGCUAUGGUUAUGAUUAUCAUUAUCAUUACCCUUAGCAUCACCGUCAUCAUCGUCAACAUCUGCCAUGUCACUCUCAGCUGAUAACCUACGCCCAGAGUGCAAAUAUUACUUGCUUAUAUGUGACACCCAUUGUUUCCUCCUAUUCUUCAGAAACAAAAGUCCUUCCUGACCAGAACUCAGUUACCACAAAGCUGCUAUAUCCCACUGGCCUGAAAAUUGGCAUGACCCUUGCAUACGCUGUGAUUUUUGUCUUCGCAUUACUCGGCAACUCCUUCGGGUUGUUUGUGGUACUCAAGAAAUCAUCGCCCGUCGGCAGAAUCACGAGCCUAUUCAUCGCUAAUAUGGCCGCGGCAGAUCUCUUGCUAACAUGUACGGUGAUGCCAUAUCAGGUUGCUUUUUUUUACAGAGGAGGAACGUGGUUCGGAGGAGCAUUUGGUACCGCAACUUGUAAACUUUUUUCCUACGUUGUCACUGUUUCCAUAGCAGCAACGGUCUUAACAAUGUUAGUUAUCUCGAUUGAUAGAUUCCAUGCAAUAUUCUAUCCACUAAAAAGAAGAUUAUUUCGAAAACCAAAGAUCUUAUCGACCAUAGUUUGGUUGUUAUCACUUAUAUUGAUGAUUCCAUACCCUCUUUAUUCUGUUGUCGAAUUAAACACAGGACAAAACGCAUACAAGUGUUCCCAGCUUUCAUCAAAAACAGACCAAGACGUUAUUAAGAUCUUCCAUGUUUGUCUUUUUACUACCCUUUAUGCAUUACCUCUUUUCUUUUUGGUUUUGCUUCAUCUUUUGAUCUGCCGAAAGUUGUGGCUUCGCAAAAUCCCAGGAAACGUGUCGCGUGACAGUCGAACUGCUGCUGACAGAUCUAAACGCAAGAUUGCGCGGUUGUUAAUCAUAAUUGUCGUACUGUUUGCGCUCUGUUGGUUUCCAACGUAUGUCAAUCACUACUUUUGGUUCAUCCGCCAAGAAUCCAAGCUACCUAUUGGGUUCGAGUUCUUUUUCUUGUGGUUAGCGCACGCAAACAGCGCCAUAAAUCCAUGCCUUUACAUAAUGUUUAAUGAUCAUCUUCGUUCUACACUGAUUUCCACUCUAAAAUCAUGUUUUUGCCGAAGAUGU